AUGCGCGACGAGGUGGACGACCUGCUGGCGCCGUGCGCGGCGGCGCUGCGCCUGCUGGGCAUGUGGGGCGUGGCGACGCGGCGCGGCGUCUUCGUGCUGCUGCUCAACCUGGCCGGCACCGCGUGCGCCGCCGUCACGCUCGCCUUCCAGCCCCCGCGCGACCUCGAGCGCCUCGCCAUGAACGCCUACGUCUGCGCACAGGGCACCCUCCUCUCCGUCAAGGUGGCGGCCUUCUUGUGGCACAGAAAGCGUCUGCGGCAGCUGGCGCUCCAGCUGGUGAGCUGCUGGCGCCAGUUUGAGGAUGUAGGCGGCGGCGUGCGCGCCAUCUACCGCAGCCAAGCUGCCAGGGUCGUGCGCUACAUGCAGGUGAUGACCGGGAUCCCGACGAUGAUGUGGAUGCUGGAGCCGCUGUUCUCCGGUGGAGAGGAUUCGCCGCAGGGGCGCAGCCUGCCGCUGCCCACGUGGCUGCCCGACGCGCUGCAGCAGUCGCCCACGUACGUGCUGCUCUACGUGCUGCAGGUGUUCACCAUCGUCGUCGCGAUAGCCGUGUCCGUCUACCUCAACAUCUUCUUCGCGGUCCUCAUGCUGAGCAUCGCUGCCGAGCUGCACGUCCUUAACAACAACAUGAUGGCGAUGGGGAAGUUCGGGGAGAACGAGACGACCGAGCCCUACAAGAGAGAUGAGGGAGUACAUAGAGACCGGGUCACUUCCAGUUUGUUAAGCAGUCAUCGUAGACCUCGUGGAAAAUUAGUAGCGGCGGGCCACACGUUACCUGGGCCUGUAGCUGUGUACACACAGAAUGGUAGUCACAAGCAAAUGUAUCACCAACUAAUAAAGAAUAUUCGGCAUCAUCAAGUGAUCCUUAGGUCUGUUGCAGAGCUGCAAAAAGCUAUGACUCACUCUAUUUUCGUUCUUCUCUUUUUAAACAUGCUUAAUAUUUGCGUCGUCAUCUUCGCUGGAUCUACGCUGUUGCAGAAGCAAGCAGACCAAGUGGCAAUGUACAAAAUGUUAUUCAGCGUUCCAAUUUACAUGUACGAGACUGGAUUCUUUUGUGUCGUUGGACAAACCAUUAUUGAUCAGAUAAUAGCAGCAACUGAGCGACGCCAGGGAAAGGAGUUUACUAUAAAAGGUCACGGGGGAGCGGCUCUCCAUGUCGGCGUUCGCCAGCGCCUGGCUGGACAGCCCCAGAAAGCUGCACCGCUUGCUGCUGGUCUUCAUGCUGCGCUGCGCGCGUCCACCCACCAUCACUGUCGGCAAGACGUACACCCUCUCCAAGCGCACCUUUCUCCGGAUACUGAAUGGAUCGUACACAAUGUUCAAUAUGCUGUACCAGUUCCAGAGGAAGAGGUAAUGUCAGUCAUGGAAAUGAAUAUUUGAACUGGCGGAUGACAGACGUCAACUUCUUACUGCUUUGUAUUAGUGUAGUUUAAGUAAAGAUAGUCUACCACAAAAUGUGUAAAGAAACUAAUUUUAUGAAGAUAAAACGUAA